UACUUGUAGUCGCGUCGGCGAAAUCUUUUGAAAGGCGCCAACAAUUGUGUAUGUUACAAUUCAGGGCUAUACCUGCUUUUGGGGUCUCGCAAAGCGGCCGGUUUCCCUUCUCAAUCGCGGCUCUGUUGUUGCUCAUGUUUGGGAGAAUUAUUAGCCAUUAUUGUAGCGGAUACUGUUGACGAUUUGGGCGCCGUCAUGUGGAAAGAAAUAGUGAAUUGAUAGCGGACGUGUGCUCGUGUAGGGAUUCUGAACUGAAUGGCUGUGCUUGUACACAUGCUUUCAUGCGGGGAACUGGACUAGUCAGUUGACUUAAUUUUGUAGCAAGUCUUCGGGUAGUGCUGUGCUGUAACGGAGUCAACUUUAAGUGGUGGUUUACUUACGUAAUCUGUGUUUUCUUUGCUUUCGGUUGGGCAAUCAACAUAAGGCCAGCCCAUCAUACUGAUCGGAGAAGUCACCGCUACCACCAUUAUCAACAUCAUCAUCAUCAUCUCCUCUAGUGGUCUGUUGAUUGUGCUCGUGUUUUUUUUUCUUCUCCGCGGAGGCUGUUGCGUAAUGGGUACACAACACCUGCCGAGCCGAAGUUUGUUUUUCCCGAUUUAGUCACGGAAGGCGUUUAGUCGCAAAGCAAGGCACCAGCACGCACCAUGUACCACUCGCACUUCCUUGGUAUGGACCGAAGUCAAGUCAAUAACGCGAAUCAUGCCGCGUAGAAUGUAAAGAUACUGCCACUCGUCAAUGCAGUCACAUUGAACCAUGAGGUUGCACCGUACAUCAAAUCACCUGGAGAGCAUCGCAGCUAUAGGGAUGGAAGCAAGAAUGCAUCAUUAUUGUGAAGCAUUUUGAUGUUGAGCGACCAACGUUUGUCGUGCAGACUUCUUGCCGGCCUGCACGUAUAAGACCCCCAGCGAAAGGAAAUUGAGGUCGACAAGGUGUGAGCUGGAGCAUGAGCCCGGUCCAAGUGGGCGAGAAUACGGCAUUGUUUCCGCCUCAGCAGGCUAGACUGAGAUUGCCCCGGGUGCCCGGCACGGGACCGUCAUUCCCCGUCAUGGCUUGCCGGGAGAAGCAGCUUAUGAACGGCAUCCUGUCAGCGACCAGCUCGCCCGCUGCCGGCUCCGGGCUCAAGAGCAGCCAGACGGCGUGGUACAAACGACUGCCCGGUCGCAGUAAACACCACCGGUUAGGACCCCUCCGCGAAGAAAACAAUACUGUGCCGAUAAAUGAGCGGGCAGCCCCCGGGCCCAGCGGAAGCUGUAAGCCGACCUCGUCAUCAGGUACACAAUCCCUGAUGACCAAAUGUACCUCCAGUGCCAAAACACGGUCAAAGGGCUCCCCGAGAUACAAGACUGAAGACCGGGUCAGUUCGAAGAAAGAGAACGGCGAGACUACACGUCGCAGACCGCAAGACUCUCGGCCAAGCUUUGACAAACUCUCCAGUAAACAACGCAUGAGUUACCCUCCUUGCACGGGGCCAAGUCACUCAAAUGGCCUGUCCGAUCUCUCGGCAGUCAAACAAGUGCACUCGUGUCCGGUAUUAUGCGAUCUAGAAAAUGUAACCAUCACACCAAAGAAAACAGCAUCACCAAGCAGCAGUGCUCACAAAUGUGCACAUUCCUCUGACAAGGCAAUGACUGGAAGACUAGGGGCCAACAACCAUCACAAAACCAAGCCGGACGUUACGAAACGUCACGGGGAGCACGACCGUCUUAAAGUCCCGGACGCAAACACAAGCGGACGACACAAACAUGGUCACAGGAGACCGAAGAACAGCCGAGAAGAGGCGAGGAAUCACCGGCCGAAGCCGCCAUCUUGGCAAGAUCUGCCACCGGAGCAGAGUGAUAGUGGUGCAAACGCACCGGACGCGAUCCUGACGCACACGUACGCCGUACCGGAAUCCACACACAGCAUUCCCGCAGUAGCGGGGUACCGCUGUGAUAGCGCCACCACUCGGUCGACAGUGGAAUCGGAACGGCGAGCCGUGCGCGCCAACAUCAGACGGACGCGAAGCCGCGUCAUCGACAGCAGAGAGAUUCCCAAACACGAGGCCGUGCUGCCGCUGUCGCAGACCAAACCCAGCGAGUUUCACCUCCGUAAGACUUACCACGACGACACCGUGUACCUGCUGGAGAACGCGCAGAGGUGUCGCAAAUGGCUGGCGGCCCUGGAAGAGUCUGACGUCACGCCGCUCGUGGGCGAAUCAGAGAACAGUCACGGAUUGGAGGACGAAACGGUUACGUGUGCUGUGGAAAUCUCCAACGAGAAAUGGAGCUUCUUAGGCUCGCCCUACCCAUCUUCGAGCGAAUGCAGUUCUGAUGAUUAGUAACUAGGACAUGCACGCUUCUAAAGACUCAACGUCAUCCAGUGAUUUAACUCCAAACUUUCGGUUCACGUGCGAAAGUAAGCCUACAUGUUGAACAUGACCUUAUCGGAAAACAUACCUCACGAAGUACUCGCCACGGAUCAGGUGUUGCCCUGACUUCCAAUUGGCUAACUAUUUUAAAACAACAUUGAAGCGUUUACAAAAAUAGAAGCUUUCCGCGUUUACUAGGGCCCAGUAUACCAUGCUAUUAGCUUCUAAAAGUCCAGGGUGAAAGCACUACAUUUCGGACCCCUCGUUUUCAAACAAAUCCUGGAUCUGCCCCUGAUAUGGUUAAUAGUAAUGAGUUCUGGUGGUCUGUAUAAUUUUGCGUCAAACCUCUUCAAGAACGAGAAAACGCGUGACCGCGCAAGAAAUCAUUUCAACGAAACAGCUUACAAAAUGGCGUCUGCCGGGAGUGUUAUUUUUGUUAGAACCAUCGCAUUUUUAAAGGCAUAUAUAGGAAUAUUCGCGUCUAUGCCAAAAGUACAGGCUUCAAACAGAUUUCUAUCAAAAAUCUUACUUGGAUUAAAUAUCGUUCUGGUACUUAACAGUUAACACCCCGUGAAAUUAUUCUGUCUGGUUUGCUGUCAUUAAGACAAAAUCAAGAUAUGAAGGUGAUUUCCAACGAUCAGUUAAUCUUUUAAAGACUGAUCUUUGGAGAGAAAAAAAGAGUGCUAAGUUGAAUUGACGAAAUCGUGUUUCAUGAUCAAAAGGUUUUUUUGCACACUGUUUUCUCGAUACGUGAUAUCCCCUGAGAUGAAGCCUUUAACAGGUUAGGUUUUGAACAUUCUUUUUUGGAUUUUGAGUGGUGUUAUUAUUGGAAACAACAAAAUGCAUCAAAAUCAAAAUGAUCGCAAUUUGUCUUUAGUGACCAAAUCAGGUGGCGAGACUCAAUUGAGAUCACUUAAUUGUUUGUAUUUUCCUUGAAAAGGUAUCAUUUGACGAGAGGACGACAGUGCCAUCUUUUCCCCAUGCAUGUUAUAAUGUUUUUUAAAAUGGUUGCAUUAUAUCGUAGGCCUACAUGUACACGUACUUGUAUUCUGUUAAUUAGUUUAAACGCAUACAGUACAAUCUGCUUGCAAAAUGAGAGACAAUGAACAUUAGAAUUUAUACAAAUUCUAUUUUUUUAAAGGACAACUCUUUUUAUAACUUUAAACCUAAAUAUGUUAUUACCUGUACAACAAGAGUAGAUCGUUGUACGUGUACUCUAAUGUGAAAACGAUGUUAUGUUUUUGUUUGUUUCGAAAACAGACUUAUUUUUCUUUUCAUCGCAUGAAUAUAGUUAAAUGAACAAUUAUCUGUGCCAA